GCGACCCGCGCGCGCGGCCUAGGGCGGAGGAGGCGACCGGCGGGCAGCGGCCAGAGCGACCGUGCCGGCCGGGGUCCGCGGAUGCGCGGCGCGCGGGGGCCAUGCUGCCGAGGCGCAGCUCGCUGACGGGGCUGGCGGUGGGGCUCUUCGCCGUCUACGUGGCGCACACCUGCUGGGUGAUGUACGGCAUCGUCCACACCCGGCCCUGCCUGCCCGCCGCCCGCCUCGCCCACGGGGCGCCCGACGGCUGCAUCCGGCCCUACCUGGCGCGCCGGCCCAAGCUCCAGCUAAGUGUUUACACAACAACGAGAUCCAACAUAGGUACUGAGAAUAAUAUCGAUCUGGUUUUGAAUGUGGAGAAUUUUGAUGUUGAAUCCAAAUUUGAAAGAACCGUGAAUGUGUCUGUACCAAAAAAAACACGGAAUAACGGGACCUUAUAUGCAUACAUCUUUCUUCACCAUGCUGGAAUCCUGCCUUGGCAUGAUGGCAAACAGGUGCACAUUGUUAGCCCACUGACUACAUACAUGGUCCCUAAACCAGAAGAAAUUAAUCUUCUCACUGGAGAAUCUGUCACUCAGCAAAUUGAAGCAGAAAAAAAGCAAACCUAUGCGCUAGAUGAGCCCGUCUCACACUGGAGGUCCAGAUUAACCUUAAACGUCAUGGUGGAAGACUUUGUGUUUGAUGGAUCUUCUCUCCCAGCUGAUGUGCACCGAUACAUGAAAAUGGUUCAGCUGGGCAAGACAGUGCAUUACCUUCCAAUACUAUUUAUCGAUCAACUGAGCAACAGAGUGAAAGAUUUAAUGAUUAUAAACCGUUCAACAACGGAGCUGCCACUUACUGUGUCGUAUGAUAAAAUAUCCCUGGGAAAGCUCAGAUUUUGGAUCCAUAUGCAAGAUGCCGUGUAUUCACUGCAGCAGUUUGGCUUUUCAGAAAAAGAUGCCGAUGAAGUAAAGGGAAUUUUUGUGGACACAAACCUCUACCUUCUUGCUCUGACGUUCUUUGUAGCAGCAUUCCACCUCCUCUUUGAUUUCCUUGCCUUCAAAAAUGACAUCAGCUUUUGGACGAAAAAGAAAAGUAUGAUUGGCAUGUCUACAAAAGCAGUGCUUUGGCGAUGUUUCAGCACAGUGGUCAUAUUUUUUUUCCUCUUGGAUGAGCAAACAAGCCUCUUGGUGCUGAUUCCUGCAGGAGUUGGGGCAGUGAUCGAGCUUUGGAAAGUGAAGAAAGCACUGAAAAUGACAUUUGAAUGGAGAGGUCUAAUGCCAGCAGUUAAGUUUGGAGACUUCACUGAAUCCGAAAAGAAAAUGGAGGAGUAUGACAAUCAGGCCAUGAAGUACUUGUCAUAUUUGCUGUACCCGUUGUGUAUUGGGGGUGCAAUUUAUUCUCUGCUGAAUAUCAAAUAUAAAAGUUGGUACUCAUGGUUGAUUAACAGCUUUGUUAAUGGAGUAUAUGCUUUUGGAUUUCUAUUUAUGUUGCCACAGCUAUUUGUAAAUUAUAAGAUGAAAUCUGUUGCACAUUUGCCAUGGAAGGUAUUCACGUAUAAAGCAUUCAACACUUUCAUCGAUGAUAUUUUUGCCUUUAUCAUCACUAUGCCAACAUCUCAUCGGCUGGCGUGUUUUAGAGAUGACGUGGUACUCCUGGUCUACCUUUACCAAAGAUGGCUUUAUCCUGUGGAUAAGAGCAGAGUGAAUGAAUAUGGCGAAUCUUACGAAGAGAAGCCAAGAAGAAAGCCCCACAAAGAAUAACUUCAGAAAACUCUGGAAGGCUCCUUGGACUGGGAACUGGCUGCACAUGUUUGACUUUUAAGAAGAGACUAAGUACAAGAGUAUUCCUCAAAGCUUGUGACAGAACUUCAUGGACAAUAUUUCAUCUCCAUUGCCAAAACAAGUUUUGAUUGUCUAUGGAACUAGCUGUCUUUUUAUUGUUGGAGUGUGUGUUCAAGAAGUCUGCCAAUAUUUUUGCCAGGUUUCAGUCAACCAUUUUACAUUUCUGUGGAAUUUGUACAUGCAAAUUGGCAGCAUCCUGCUCAUUGGGUUGGAUCGCACGGAUCUGUUUCAUUAGUGGUGACGCUGUCCCCUGGUACAAAGCACCUCCUUUUGCCUUGCACCGGAGGAAGGUGCCACUGUUAGUGGACAGUUUAUAAGGUCCCAAGUAGAUGACCCAUCCUCACUUUGACUCACCAUGCAGGGAGAGGGAACAGGCAUAGGCAUGCUGGCUUGGAGACUGGGCCACCACAGAGUUGUCUAGAUGAUGCUGAUGCCUGGAAGGAGUUCCUGAGGCACGCCCCCUCCUCAUGAGCAGCAGCAUUUGGAAAAUAGCCUCACUGAACAGCGUGCCCACAGUGUGCCGUCUGCCCACUCCUGUGUACCGUGCAGAGGUCUCAGUGAGCAGGCCGGCCAGCGUGCCCAUGCUGCAUGCCAUUCUUCCUCCCUGCGUGGAGCGUCAACAUGCAGACAGGUUGUCUUGAACAUUCCACAUCUGCCGUUGUGAGGUGUAGAUUUUAGGACCAUUUUCUGGCUGUGGGAACUGCCAAGUAUAUUGUGAAUAAUGCUGGAAAAGCAGACCUUUAAACCUUUGCAUAGGAAAAAAUGUUUUGUACUCUUCAUUGGUCCAAUUCCUGGGCACCGUCCAUUCACUGGGAGGGAUAUAAGGACAUGUUUUUUCCUCUUCCUUUAAAACCAGUGGGGGUUUUUUUAAAGUUUAACUUUGGUUAGGUUUGUGUCCUUUGUGUGUAUCGCCUUCCCCACUAAGAUCACGUCAUCCUGGUCUUCAACAAAUCUGUUUUACAUAGCAGUACUACUUACAGCAAUUGAACUAGGAACCAUAGCUGCAAUGAAUUUAGCCUAUACUGGCCUAAACCAUCCUGGAACGACACGGGACACAAACAGCUUGUAAUGUUUUUGAAAAAGUCUGUUUUUAAAACAGCAGGAGCUGAUUAGCAUAAAUCUGACUAAGCACCUGCAGCAAAUAGUUUUCUGAAGUCAAUUUUUUUUACACUCACAAAAAGCCGUUUCCUUCAUCUAUAGAGCCGGAACUUCUUUAUUUCUGCAAAUGGGACCAUUAAGUUACCGUUAGGCUUCUAAAAAGUAUAUUAAUAUAUACUCGCAUGACACAUGAAUUGUGCCAAUUAUACUUCAGCAGGGAAAACUAGACCUUUUUUAUUCAUAUCAGACCAUGAUGGAGGAAGCUGGAGGCAACAGAGCAAAAGCGGGGGUGGGGGGUAUCAAAGGAAAAGCGAGGCUGGGCAUGGGGUUUAAAAUUUGCAUGUGAGAGAAAUUUACUCCCAGUUGCCAGCUUUUUGUUUGGGGGGGGGGGUUGCUGGGGGGGGGGAGGGGGGACUGUGUCCAGGAUAAAAUUUUAAGUUCCUAUCCUUUUAUAAAUGUGGCUGUUACAUUUACUGUUAAGUUCAAGAAAUGCAGUACUACUUGUAAAAUAUAAUUUAUUUAAGCAUGUUCAAGAUGCCAGUGAGAUGAACUCAUAAAGACCUUUAACUACUACAGGGUAGCAGGCCCUGCAAGCUUUAUUUUGAGGCAAACAACCAUUGAAUUCAAUGCCAUUUUUUAACUCCUGCAUCAAAAAAUACAUUUCCGAGUCCCCUGAGCCAGGUCCCUUCAGAGCAACGUAAUGUAAACACGGACCUCCUAUUCAUGCAGGUGAAGGAGCUCUGUCUGUGAGUUGCCAUCCUGACCUUGAGGGGUCACGGAGAAGGGGCACAGGCAUUAUCACACUACUAUGCACGCUCAAGCCAGUGCUCUCAAAAUACUUGAACAUGUUCAGUUCUACCUUUCAGGUUUGUUUUGAUAAAGAAUUGCACUCUCUGUCCUCAGGUAUAUGUGGAUGUUGCUUUGCCAGGACGUCCAGAAAGAAAACCCACUGUCUUGCUUGUCUGGGGCUGCUGCUGGUGGUCAUGCGGGUCACAGCCAAUGGUUUUUAAAAGGACAAUGUUGGCCCCUCCAAUGCUGCAUUUUUUUCUCAGUAGCUUGACUUUUUUAUUUGUUUCUGGGAAGCAGAACUUUAAUUACUAAUGUGGAAAAGCUGUUUGGCACUAUCUGUUAGAUCCCCAGAUCUUGUUCCAAUAAUCAGACUGUGGUAUAUUUCUCAGUAGCCUUUAUUAUGGACACACAGACCAGGUAUUCAGCUUCAAAGUCAGUUCUAAAAAACAUGGCUACUGGACACAUGUUUAUCCCUCCAAAUCCCCCUCCCAAUUUCUCAGAGCAGAACAUCUGGUAACUGUCACUCUCAGUUAUGAGCACCAAGGUCAGUAGCAAAUAACAAGAUGGAGCCACCUGGCUGCCAGCCCAGAGACAAGUUAACAAAAGGUGUACUCUUUCCCAUGGGGCCAACAUGUCAGGGGAGACUACUUGUCUAGAAGCAGCACAAAAGCCAUCAAUUCAGGUCAAGACAGAAUGCAAGGAAUACAAUUCAAACAUCAAUGGUUACAUAUCUCAAAAGAAGAUAGGGAACAACCCUGAUACAAUCCACCCAAAAUCAAAUGUUUAAAGUUUCUUUGAUGCCCCCACCCCACCUUGUGGAAGUCUCUCCCCGUUUGGAAUCAUUUGGACUGUGGCUAGAUCAUGCCCAUUGUGUUCACCUCCCAGUUUGUGCUAUGCCUGAUGACGAAAGCAUCUGAAAUAAUGUUCAAAAACUAAAUAUAAAAUGUGAAAAACUUC